AACCAGGCUUCGUCGCUUUAUUACUUCCUCUAUUUUUACUCUCGCAUAGUUAGUUUAGAUUACAUUGCGGGUAAUGGCAGGCUCUCAGAAAAGGAUGCGAGGCUAAAGUUUCGACAGAUCGUUUCUGCUGUGGAAUAUUGCCACAAGUUGAAUAUCGUACAUCGCGAUUUGAAGACGGAAAAUUUGCUGCUGGACUCGAAUUUCAAUAUCAAGAUAGCUGAUUUCGGAUUCAGCAAUUUUUACAAGGCUGGUCAAGAGUUGAAUACGUUUUGCGGUUCUCCACCGUACGCUGCACCAGAAAGUCUUGGAGUUGUACUGUACGUGCUUGUUUGCGGAGCAUUGCCUUUCGACGCCCCGAAUCUGCAUGCGCUGCGAAAUAAGGUGCUAUUGGGCCGUUUCCGGGUGCCCUAUUUCCUUUCUCCAGAUUGUGAAAACCUCAUUCGCAAAAUGCUCGUCAUUAAUCCACUCAAGCGACUGUCAAUAUCAGGGAUAAAGGCACAUGUGUGGUGGGUCGUGGAUUCUGACACGGCUAUUUGGUCGUUCGUUCCUGAAAUUGGCAUUCAGCCAGAAAGCGCUGUUCCCGGUAUGCCCUUUGGAAAGGAAUGGUCGGAAAAAGUUUUGCAGCUCAUGUGUUCUCUAGGAAUCGACGUGAAUAAAACCAAAGAGUCUCUGCAGACCGAAUCGUUCGAUAAUUUUACGGCCAUUUACCUUAUGCUUUUGGAGCGUUGUCGAACUCGCAACGUGGUAUGCAGAGAGUCCCGCUUUGUGCAUUCUGCGGGUGAUUCGCCUGGGCGACCACCACUCACGAUGGAAGAAGUGCGCUUGAACCCCGCAUUCAAUCAGACAGUUGACUGUGGAACUGUAUGGUCGAUAAGCGGCCGCAGCCCUCAUUUAUUUCAAUCGCCAAGCACCAGCAGUUCGGGAAGCACCAGCAGCGACAGCCGAACUAGUUCAGUCGAAACAUGCGGUCCUUGUGGUCGCUAUGCCGGCUUUAGUCCGUGUUCCUCAUCGAUUAACGAAAGUUUCGAGUUCGACAGUGGAUCGCUACCAUCAGACUGUGCCGUGUCCACAAAUGUAAGCAACUACUACUUACCAUCAGGCGACGUAACGUGCAGCCAUUCGUCGAGUGGCAGUGUCACCGACUGGCCAUUCGAAAGUUAUGAAUUUCAAGGUGAAUCUGAAAUUGUCUCAAGCAAUACAGUUGCAGCAGCGUUGGUUGCAUCUACUAAAUCUGAUCUUCGCGACGAUCUGUCGUUUGUGUCAUUGUGCAUUCCUCAGCCGUUUCCAGAUAUCUCGGCGACUAACAGCACCACCUUCUUGACCACUGGUCAACAAUUUCUUCAAAAGGAGUUCCACGCAUCAGAUACAAAAAUGUUCGACAGAGAAAAUUUGUUGUUUCCUACGAAUUUACAUCGUUCAAUGAAAGCUAGAGGUGUCACUGAUCUGAAUAAAGAAGCAAGUUGCUCUUUCAAGCAGUUCCACGGACACCGAAAAAGCGAGUUUCCUGAGGCGAUGCGAGACAACGGCAGUUCGGAGCUGUAUUGCAGAAGCAGCAGACAUUCCACCUUUGUAGUACGCCGUCGCCAAUUGUUCCCAAAGCAUGUCAGCCUGCCCGAUAACUCUAAGCUACAUGAUCACGUUAUCGCUCCUCAAUUUAACACGGUCACAAGUGAAGCGGACACAGGAAAUGUCAUGGUAUUCUCUGGCACGUUUCAGCAGUACACUUCAUCUGAGUGCAGGUCUUACGAUGACAGUACUUCAUAUCAAAAACAGAGGAUCCAUCUGUCUCAUCAGAAAAGAGGCACGAACUUGCCUAAGUCAUCUCGUCAUCCGAUGCUUCCCCAAUUUUGUUACCAAUUGGCACAGAAACCUCCCUUGGUUUCUGCCAACGAUGAACCGCGUAAUGAGCGGUCUCCAGAUGCCGCCAAUUUUAAUGUAACGCCUCUUUCGUCGAUCGCUGACUUUGCCGUAAGUACUGAAAGAGACCAUGAAGAAUCGAUGGAUAUGGACAUGUAA